UUGUCAACAAAACCUCAACUAUCCAAGUCUUGAUAUCUAAUAUAAAAUCCUAAUCCAACAAAAUCACCGGGAGAUUAUUAAUUAUUAUUAUAAGAGAGCGAGAGGGAGCGCCACCCACCUUUUUCGUGUUUGGCCAACGUCGCAGAAUCUUCUUCUCUCCUGAUUCGGUGUCCCCUUUAAUCCCCUCAGAAACAAAAAGAAGCCCAGAGCGUGUAUCUUCUCGCAGAUCCCAAUGGAGAUCCACAGACUCCGAGAGCACGACGUGGCCGUAAACGACGACAACAAAGAAGACCAAGAACCAGAAAGCAGGAGCUGUAAAAAGAAGAAAUCAGAAAAAGACGAUCUCUACCCGCGCCUCCCAAUGGAACUAGCCCUGGGCAUUCGCGGAGCCGUCGGCAUCGACGACGUCGACCCGGUGGUCACGGCCGGAAGGUGUUACUGCGUGCUGUACUGGAUCGAACCGGACAAGGUGUUUCACACUCGGCCGGUUCAACCCUCGCGGAACAACCCGGUCUGGGAGGAGCUUGAUUUCCUUCCGGUACUUGACUAUGCUCCUGAAAACUGGGGCUUCCUCCACGUGGAGGUCGCUAGGUUGUGCUCCGACACCGACCCGGGACCCUCCUCCGGGUCGGUGAUCGUGGGUAGGGCUAGAGUGCCCUUACCGAAGAUACCUUACUGUACGAUUGAAGAUCGCUUUGGCCUCGUGAAGCAUAUUGGCGAAGGGCACAUGUGCCUCGCAGGAGAUAUUAUUCUGUGCAUGAAACUCCAGAGAGCGUGGCCUUUCCAGCGGCCUGAUUAUAUGAUCAAUGAUCAGCAGUUAGAAAAUUCUGACUCUGUCUGGUUUUGAUCAGCUCACAGAAUUAAUUAAGGCUUCUUUUUUUAGGCACUGAUGAUUUUGAGUCGGUAUAGCUAGCUCGAGAGAUAUUGAGGUGGAAUUAAAAUACAGUUUAUGUGGUUUCUGGCACACAGACGAUAUUAGAUUCGUGUUGGGUCCCAGAAGAGAAGGAAACCCUUCCGAUAUUGUUCUGUUUUUCUUAUUCUUCUUCUAUAUUUGCAAAACUGAUCAGAAUUUUGAAGUUUUAUG